AUGUAAGACUAUAGGGGGAAUUUCAAAAGAAUUGAAUUCGGUAUUUAAUAAACUCCUGCUAAAUCAACAACAAAUAUGAAUGAUUUUUAAUCAUCUUAAAAAUUGAAAUAUGAUUAAAUGAGCAAUAAACCUUAAUCUUCCAAUAUUAGUUUUAUUAAUGCUCCUAUUACAACUGUCUCAAAAGAGCUUUUUACUUUGUAAAUUCCUGUAAAAGUGAAAUAGAUGACAGAUGAUUGGAAUACACAAUUAAUUUUGAAAAUGAUUAUGCAAUAAAGUUAAUAAUAAGCUCAUGGUUAAAUAUUAAGGAUUGAAUUAACAGAUGAUAACAAUUUAUAGUUCUUAUAGAUACUUGAUUUGACAGAAAGUGAAUUUUUAGUAUUAAAAAAUGAAUAAAGUUUGCAUGUUGAUUUUGCCACUUUUCCUAUGAAACUUGCAGAUUUGUUAUAAUUAUGCAUAAAUAGUUAAAGAGAUGAAAAAGUGAAGUAAAAGAUGUUAGAUUAUUUAGUUUUUAUGUUUGUUUGGAAACCAAGAAUGGAGAAUCUACACUAGCAGUAAUUGAAAAUAAUGAAUUUAAAAAAUUGACACAUUUAUCUUUGAAAUUACGUAGUGCAACAGAUGAUGUGAUUAAAGUGUUCUUAUCAAAUAAAUUAGCAAUAGAAAAAUAAGAUAAUGAAGAAAAAUAAAAAAGAAAUAAAAAAUUAACAGAGUUAUUAGAAGAAAAACAUUGGGAAUUAGAAAAUUUAAAGUCAGAAAUUAGAAAAUUCACAGAAGAUAAAGAUUCUGCUAUAUAAUAAUUAUUAUUAGAUGAAUAGAAGAAAUUCAAUGAUUUUAGAGAAUUAACUUUGAGUAAAGAAACUAAUUUUAAAAGAGAGAGUGAAAAUGAAAAACAAUUUAUAAUUGAAAAAUAUGAUAAAAUUGUAUUAGAAUUAUAGAAUAAACAUGCACAAUUAUAAUAGAUUAAUUCAGAGUUAUCUGAAUAAAGAUCUCUACUUAUUUAAUAGGAGAGGGAACUCAAAAAUAAAUUAACAAUUCUUUAAUAAGAAAAUUUAUAAUAUUAAAAAGAGAAUUAAGAAUUUAGAUAAUAAAAUAAAGAAUUAGAUACUCUAAAAUUUACUUAAGAAAGAUAAUUAAUAGAAUUAAGAAUUUAAAAAGAAGGAUUUGAAAAAUUGAUACGUGAUAAAGAAGAAUAUUUGAAUAAUAAAUAAUAAUUAGUAGAUAAUGAGAAAAAAUAGAAUGUAAUAUAUUUAUGUAAAUUCUUAGACUAUUCUUGAAGAAUAAGUUAUAAAUUAAAAAAAAUAAAUUGAAAAACUUGAAUCAAGAAUUAAUGUAAUGAGUGAAGAAGUAAAUAAAGGAAAUUAGAUUAUAGAAAAACUUGAAAAUGAACUUAGUAAAUAAAAAGAUAAAAUUAAAUUAAAAAAUACUGUUGUACUUUAAUAAGAGUAAACUGUACAAUAAUUAUAAGAUGCAAAUGAUUUAAAUCAUAAAUAAAUUAAUGAAUGUAAAAAGUUAUAUAUAUUAAAAAUAGUAAGAAGAGAAAAAGACUCCUUAGAGAUUAAAUUGAAAGAUCAAGAAAAUAUGAAUCUUGAUUUAAAAAACAAAUUAUCUGAAAGUUAAAAACUACUUGAAUCAAAUAACUAAAUGAUUCAAUAUUUAAAUAAAUGUUUAAAUGAAACUAAAGUAUAAGUACCAGCUUAAAUGCCUGGGAUUUCCUCCUUAAAAAGUUAAACAUUUACUAAAUAUACAUCUCCAAUCCCAUUAUAAGAGGAUGUAAUAAUCUAUAUUAACUUAGUAGAGAAGUUUUCGUAAUUAAAGUGUUACAAAUUAAUAAAAUUAAAAUAACAUUUCCUAGAUCUCAAAUGCUACAAUAUCAAAUAAAUUUAAUUUUUGAG